CGCACUUCAUAAUGAGAGACGCCCAGACAGAACUACAAACAGUGUCCGUCAAUGAAGAACCUCCCAUAACACCACAGCCACUGUUCGACAUCGAUCCACCACCAGAUGGAGGUUAUGGCUGGGUACAAGUAGGCGUGGCAUUCACAAUCAACACAUUCACAUGGGGCCAAACAGCCUCCUACUCAAUCUACCUCGCUCACUACCUCUCCUCCAACCUCUUUCCAACCGCCACCUCCCUCGACUAUGCCUUCAUCGGCGGUCUCCAAUUCGCCAUCUCCCUCCUCAUCGCUCCCGCCGUAACAGUCCUCUCCCGAAAACUCUCCACCCAACCCCCCAUGCUCUUCGGGAUCUUCCUCCAAACCCUCGGCUUCGUGACCGCUUCCUACGCCUCAAAGAUCUGGCAUCUAUACCUCUCCCAAGGCCUUCUGAUCGGUCUCGGCCUAGGCUUCAUUUUCGUGCCCAGUACACCCAUCCUCUCGCAAUGGUUCAGCAAGAAACGCUCCCUCGCGAUCGGGAUCUCGUCUGCGGGCUCAGGAGUCGGGGGACUGCUAUUCUCGUUCGGGAUUCAGGCCAUGAUUGAUUCUAUCUCUUUAGCUUGGUCGUUUAGGAUUACUGCUAUUGUGUGCGGGGUCAUGAAUCUGCUUGCCGUGGCUCUGAUACGGAACCGGAAUGCGGCUGUGAAACCGCCGCAGUUGGGAUUCGAUACUAAGCUUUUGUUGAGAUAUGAUGUUUUGUUGAUGUUGGGUUGGGGAUUUUUGUCCAUGUUGGGUUAUAUCACUCUUCUUUACUCGUUGCCGAAUUUCUCGGAGAGUAUUGGGUUAAAUAAGAAUCAAGCUGCUGCGAUUUCCGCGUACCUGAAUCUGGGAGUCGCUAUUGGGAGGCCUAUGAUUGGGUUGACGAGUGAUAGGUUGGGCAGGAUCGAGGUUGCGGGGUUCAUGACUUUCUUUUGUGGGGUGACCUGUUUUGCGAUUUGGAUUCCGGCGAAGGUUUAUGGCGUUACGAUAUUCUUUGCUAUUAUCAGCGGUGCUGUUGUAGGUGUGUUUUGGAUGACUGUCGCUCCUAUUGCUGUUGAAGUGGCGGGGUUGAGCCAAGUCCCGUCUUUGCUAUCGCUGAUGUGGAUAACGAUAUUCUUGCCUAUUCUAUGUAAGCUCAAGGGAGAUCGAUCUCGAAAUAAUCACAAUUUACUAAUCAAGCUUCAGUUGCUGAAAUUAUAG